GAGAGAGAGAGAGAGGGGUUAAAGAGGAAAAAGAAAAGCAUCUCUUUUUAUCCACAUUCUGAUCAUUAUACCAGUUGGGUUUGUAGUGAAACCAACUGGGUUUGUAGUUUUCUUUGAAAAAGUUUUGAUCUUGAUGCUUCUUUUUUCUGCAAUACAGAGCUGUGCGAAAAGAGAGAACUUGUUAAUAGGAAAAAAAGAACUCCAUUUUAUUUGUCUCUGGUAAAGGAGGAAGGAACUUAGUCCUGAACUGUGAUGGAGAGGACAGGAGUUUGAAGAGGUGGGACCUCUAUAUUUACAUGGUAUGUUGAGUUAUUGGAGUAAUACUUUAUGAGAAUCUACUGGGUUCUUGCAAUUUCUCUUUGUGGCCAGGCUUCCCUGUGGAAGUCUGGUAAGGGAGAAAUUUCUCUAUCAGAGAUGUCUAUGAAUUGCAAAUUUUCAACCGAUUUUAAAGGGAGGAAGGCAAGAGAGUCUUUGGGUGGGUCUAAUUGUGGCUGGAGAUUGAGGAGACAACUUUUUCUUUUAUGGGUUUUGGUGGUUGCUUCUGGGUUGCUUUGGUUUUUGUAUAGCUUGAAUUUUGGGGCUUUGGGGAGGAAGGUGGACACUGCAAACUUGUGCGAAGAUAAAGCUCAAAUCUUGCCAGAACAUUUCAACAUCAGCAAGGAAGAACUUCAUGCCUUGGCUUUUCUGUUCUUUGAAUCAGAUCAGAUUACAUCCUUCAGAUGCAGCAAAAAAUCAGGAUUUGGAAUGUCUUCAAAAAAUGUUAUUACCUGUGAUCUUAAGAAGCUAGAUUCAGAGAACCAGAGAUUUGAAAAGCAGCGUAUGCUGCCUGCAGAUGUAGACCCCGAGGACCAGUGCCUUGUUCAAGAUGAGAACAUGCCCAGGAAGCAUGAACUAUCAUUGUUGGGGGACAAUUCUGUAGCAUUUGCUUCGCAGUUUAUGUCUUCAUCAAUAUUGUCGAAUCAUGAAGAGAAUGUAUCACGGCCAAGGGUCCACGAGAGUCUUGCACGAUGGCAUUGUCAAAGCAUUUCCUUUUGGCUUUUGGAAGUAUGCUGGUGGAUCCUCAUUGGAAUGGCAGUAAGCUGCAAGAUGCCUGGUUUACAGGAAAAAUUGUUAGGGAACCGAAAACGGAAGCUGUUCAUGCAGCAGCCACUUGGUCAGCAGCAGCAGCAGCAGGAACAGCAGCAGCAACAGCAAGGGCAAACCCAUAGUUCCUCUACAAAUGCUAGGAAGAAGUGCCUAAUUAUAUUUGUGUUAGCUGGGGUGAUUGGAUCCAUUUGGUUAUUUUCGUACCUGAAUCAGGGUAUUGUUUUGAGGAGGAAAGAAACACUAGCAAACAUGUGUGAUGAACGGGCUCGGAUGUUGCAGGACCAAUUCAAUGUGAGCAUGAACCAGGUUCAUGCCUUGGCUGUUCUUGUCUCCACCUUUCACCACGAAAAGCACCCCUCUGCUAUUGAUCAGAAAACAUUUGGAGAAUAUACGGAGAGAACAGCUUUUGAAAGGCCACUUACUAGUGGUGUUGCUUAUGCACUGAGAGUUCCUCAUUCAAAGAGGGAACAAUUUGAGAAGCAGAAUGGAUGGACAAUAAAGAAAAUGGAAACUGAGGACCAGACUGUAGUCCAAGAUUAUAUCCAGGAGAAUUUGGAUCCUGCACCUGUCCAUGAUGAAUAUGCACCUGUCAUAUUUUCUCAAGAAACUGUGUCCCAUAUCGUUUCUAUUGACAUGAUGUCUGGAAAGGAUGAUCGAGAGAACAUCUUGCGGGCAAGGGCAUCUGGAAAAGGAGUUUUAACAUCUCCUUUCAAGCUAUUGAAAUCCCAAAACCUGGGUGUUGUACUUACUUUUGCCGUGUACAGCACCCAACUUCCUCCAGAUGCUACGCCAGAGCAACGCAUGAAUGCUACUUUGGGGUAUCUUGGUGCGUCAUAUGAUGUUCCAUCUCUAGUGGAAAAGCUUCUACAUCAGCUUGCCAGCAAACAGACCAUUGUUGUGAAUGUUUAUGAUACAACUAAUAGAUCUGCACAAAUUAAUAUGUAUGGUCCUGAUGUGAUUGACACUGGACUACUGCACAUUAGCAACCUGGAUUUUGGAGAUCCGACUCGGAAGCAUGAGAUGCAUUGCAGGUUCAAGCAGAAACCCCCUCCGCCUUGGACUGCGAUAACAGCAUCUUUUGGAGUUCUUGUUAUCACUUUGCUGGUCGGUUAUAUCUUUCUUGCAGCCAUAAACAGGAUUGCCGAAGUAGAGCAAAAUUGUCAGAAGAUGGAGCAGCUCAAACUUCGUGCUGAAGCUGCUGAUGUAGCAAAAUCCCAGUUUCUUGCAACAGUCUCCCAUGAGAUCCGGACUCCGAUGCAUGGUGUUUUAGGCAUGCUGCAGAUGCUUAUGGGCACAAAUCUUGACACAAAUCAACUGGAUUAUGCACAAACUGCUUAUGGUAAUGGGAAAGAUCUAAUAUCAUUGAUUAAUGAGGUUUUGGAUCUGGCUAAGAUUGAAUCAGGCAGGCUUGAACUUGAGGCUGUAACUUUUGAUCUGCGUGCCAUUCUUGAUAAUGUUCUAUCUCAAGUCUCGACCAAAUCCUGUGAAAAAGGGAUUGAGUUGGCUGUUUAUGUCUCCAGUAAGGUUCCUCAGGUCGUGAUUGGUGACCCUGGGCGGUUUCAGCAGAUAAUUACAAAUCUUGUGGGAAAUUCUGUCAAGACAAGAUGGUUGGGAACCGACUCCCGACUUCAAAAGAAAGCUGGAGGUCUUGGGUUGAAGUUUCCUUGUGGGGCUUCCAACAUAGACUUUGGUCCUGGCUUGCCUGGUAGGUUGGUGAUGGCCUACAAUAAGAAGAUUGUGCAGGCCCCUUGUCUUUGGCAUAGCUUAUUAGUAGGUGGGAUUGUGGUUGGGAAAGGCCUUGGCUUAGGAUAUUUCAGAUAG